CGAGCAGACGGAGUAAUCCCGCCCUUGACGGCCAAGAUUAUGGUCCGAGCUUUCGGUGCUGGCCCGUAACCCCGCGUCUCGAACGUCGGAGCAUGGCUGGGGACGCCGACAGGCACCCGAGUACAUCCUGAGCUUGUCUUAUAUGUAAUCGGGCAUGAGAAGAACUUUGGAUUGACAAGAUUUAAUCGGUGAAUCUCCUGGGCCUGAGCCGUUCAACUACUAGUGCUAAGCACAACACCACAAUGUCCCCUCGCGCUCUGGAAGCUCUUCGCAAGUUCACCUCCUGUGACAUUGGGGAUGCUCUUGUUAAGCUCAAAUACCCCCAAGGCGGCUUUCUAGAUGGGAUCCGCAUGUUCUCGCCGGGCGCGUCAGGACGCGUCUUCGGCCCCGCAGUGACCGUCGAGAUGGUGGAGAUGAGCAAUACCGCGGCGCCCAAGCUAGACAAGCACUUCGUCGACCACAAUCAGGAGGGCGGCAUUAUGUACGUCCAGCAACCCAAGGGCUUGCCUUCGGCAUGCUGGGGUGGGCUGAUGUCGACAAGGGCAAAGUAUCUCGGGGCGGAGGCUGUGGUUAUUGAUGGUCGCAUGCGAGACGUUGGAGAACACAACGAGAUGGGAUUCCCCGUGUUUGCGCAAGGCGCUUCGAUUCUCGGAUCCAACACUUUCACACGGGCUUCAAGAGUCAAUGUGCCGCUUCAAUUUAAGGGAGACCUUUGGAUCAACCCUGGCGACAUUCUGGUUGGCGAUGCCGACGGCGUCGUGGUCACUCCUGUUUCUCUGGUCGAGAAGGUGGUAGCUCUUUGCCAGGAAAGGGCCGAAGUUGAUGAAAAGAUGUUUGUCGAACUGAAGAAGGGGGCUUCCAUGGGAGACCUCCUCAAAAACGUGAGGAAAGACAAAUGACUGUUGUAAGAUGGGUUAUCUUUGGCGACUUGCAGUGCAGCCAAAGGUUUCUC